GUCGUCUUCUUCACACUUACUACCAAGUUGCUUCCAAAUAGCCCGCCAACAUGUCUCUCGCAGGCCCAGCAGGCGCUAGCAUCAACCCGGAGGAGACGGAGAACCUCGAGGAUAUCGAGAAGCAGUUCGCCGUCAAAGUUGUGCAACACAUGGAAACAUAUUGGAAGAUUCUCGAGAAAGUCCCUGGUUCCAAGCUGCGACUCACCAAGAUCGACGAUGAAAUCUACGAGCACCUCAAGAAAGAUUUCCCCGAAUUCGACGCCGCUGCCACGCUGAACGAGGACGAGAUGAAGAGCAAGCAGGGCAAGGAGCGAUGGCGCAAGUUUAUCACCGAGUACGAGAAGAAGAUCGAGGACUACAACUUUGGCACCAUGCUGCGGGCAGACCCCAAAACCGAGUACAGCCAAGAAGGCACAAUAUUCGCGGUUCGCAUGCAGUUCUACGCCAUCGAAAUCGCACGUAACCGCGAGGGCUUGAAUGACUGGAUAUACGAGCAGGCGCAGGGCAAAUAAGUAAUGCAUCGUUAUCCUGGCCUGCAAGGGUCUCCAUUCACCCCCUUGCAUUGUCGAUAUGCAGCAUGCAAGUGGUCUGACCUUCGGGUUUAGCCAUACCCGAAAGUUGGUUCUUUGAUUCUUUGUGGGGCUCUGCAAACAGUCUACAUUAAUUUGUAAACAAGCCACCGCUCAAGCAAAUGGAUCGUUGAAGGAGACAGGUAGACUGCUAAAUUUGACCAUGGCAAGGCCAUCGCAUGUGCGCAUCGUGGACUCGAAGAAUUUGCUCAACAACACGGCUGCUAAUUCACGAGAAUCAAGGUUCCAAUACGCUUUGUCAGUUGCGAACAUAUGUUAUCGAACUUGGACAGCUUCGGUUUCGUGAUCACAUGGACAAUUGCUGAACAAUCUCACCAUCGGACAUGAAGAACAAU